AUGGCGAUCGAUCAAUCCCUCAAGAAGAAGAGAGGGAGGCCAGCAGGAGGAGGUUCCCCGUCUGUCAACAAGACCGAGCGAGAUAAGAUGGUCAUGGAGCAGAAGAUGGCACUGGUGCACCGAAGGCUCGCCUUGCUCGACAGAGAGAGCGACAAGGAAGCUGAUGUUGCGCCGACGGCCACAAUGAAGAAGAGAGGGAGGCUUGUCAACACCAAGAAUGACAUGGAGCAGAAGUUGAAUAUGUCAACGCCGGGGCUUGCCUUGGUUGAGAGCGGCGGCAGUAACAGCAGCAAGAGCGACGUAGAUGAUGAUCUUGUGCCGAUGGUGAGAACUGUGGUAGCUGUUGUUAAUUGCCAAAAGAAAUGUGCAAGCGUUCAGGGUAACUUUGGGUCUGCUAUGGAGAGAGCUGAGGAGGUACUUGUGAAGUUACCAGCCGAACAUCCUAGCUUUGUCAAGCAUAUGCUACAUUCACAUGUUGUUCAUGGUUUUUGGCUGGGUCUACCGUCUGACUUCUGCAACAAGCAUCUCCCAAAGAAGGACACUGCUAUUGUGCUAGAAGAUGAGGAUGGGCACAACUAUGAUGCAAAAUAUCUAGGUGCCAAGCAAGGACUUAGUGCUGGCUGGAGAGGUUUUGCGAUUAAUCAUGAUAUCAAGGUUGGAGAUGUUGUAGUCUUUCAACUUGUCAGUUCAGCAAAGUUUAAGGUCUAUAUAUUAAGAGCAAACAACUACACUACAACUGAUGGAGCAAUUGGUCUCCUGUGUCUGGAAGCUGGCAAGGAGAAGAUACCGAAAGAAGAAAGUUCCAAUGAUGUCAAAUCUGAUGCUGGCAAGGAGAAGAUACCGAAAGAAGAAAGUUCCAAUGAUGUCAAAUCUGAAGCUGGCAAGGAGAAGAUACUGAAAGAAGAAAGUUCCAAUGAUGUCAAAUCUGAGAAGAAACCAAAGGUUGCUUGGAGCGAUAGCAGCAACCUAGCCAGUGAAUCAAUAACAGAUGGCAUCAAAUUUUCAGACACAGCCAUCGAUUUCGACGAUGUGAAUGAUUUCAGCAGCUUCAGCAUCGUCUACGACGGCCUGGUCAUCGACUGCGAGUUUCCUGACCACCUGCGCAAGACGUACUACGAGCUGUGCUGUGCCCAGAAGUCGUUCCUUCACAAGGAGCUGCUCAAAGGGCUAAACCUCACACUCGUGGUGGGAGCGAUCAUGGAGACUAUCGACAUCGCGGAGGGCAUCAGGGCGUGCAAGGCGCGCGCUCCUUCCUGCAAGCACUUUGUGGUCUGGAAGAAGAACUUGCAGGCCUUGAAGCUCCUGGGCAUGAAUGUGGACUUCCUGCUCAAACGCGUCGAUGAUCUCCUCAGCCUCCCUGCUCCACCUAGAGUCCCUGCUGAGGUAAAACUAGAGCGGGCACACACCGUUGCGAAAAUUAAGGAGGUCGAGUCCAGGAUUUCGAGUGUGAAGGACACUCUGGAGGAGAUUGACAUGGAGAUGGAGGAGAUGGAGUCCAGCGCGAAGAUGGUGGAUGAGAUGAUGCAGCUGUUAGCAACCGCGCCAUGGUAG